CCACAGUUUCAACACUUUAAGCAAUGUCUGACGACGGAUACGAUGCAGGGGAGGUCGGAGAUGACUACGACUAUGGUGGAGGUUUUGGCGAGGAAUUUGCAGAUGAAACCUACGAUCUUCUAGCUGAGCAGCAGGGAGAGGGCCAGACCAACGGCGAGGCAGUACAUGGAGAUGGGCAGCAAGUGAAUGGUGCAAAUGAGGGAGAUCAGGACCAGGAGAUGGCCAAUGGGGACGCAGCCCCUGCAGCUGCACCAACACAAGCAGAGCGACAGCCGAACAAAGUUCGAGUAACAACCCCAUAUCUCACCAAAUAUGAACGCGCUCGAAUACUGGGUACGCGUGCCUUGCAAAUAAGCAUGAACGCCCCAGUCCUCGUGCCGUUGGAUGGAGAAACAGACGCCCUUCAAAUUGCCAUCAAAGAACUCUCGCAACGCAAAAUACCCCUUAUAAUUCGAAGAUAUCUCCCUGAUGGCAGCUUUGAAGAUUGGAGCGUCUCUGAACUCAUUACUGACUGAUGUUCAUUUUUGCUUGACGUGUACAUAUAUCAUGGUUGCAGCGAGGUUCGCUUUGUUUCUCCAAUUCCGCCAACUCGCUGGGUCCUGUUACAACAGAACAGGUUUUGAUUGGCUCGCUUUGCUGAAAUAUCGACUACCCCUGGCCUUGGACAGUCACCCGUUGUCUACUCUAGGUCAGAGCGAGUUCAGAGUCGCCAGCUUAGCAUGCCGAAAAGUAUGUAUUUUAUGUAGAAUAAUGUCAUCAUCUUGGGCAAU